GGCGGGGGAGUAUAUAAACGGGCGUUUGAGUGGCUGCAUCUUUCGUUCGACGCCAUCCAGACCCCAGACCCCCUGACUUGAGGUCUCCCAGUCCCGAAAACCGUCCGUUCCGGAGAAAGCACCAGAGAAAGUUGAGGAACCGGCUCCAGUAGAGAAACCAGUAGAACCAGUCAUGGCUGAGCUCACUGUUGGGAUUAAUGGAUUUGGCCGUAUCGGGCGUCUGGUCCUCCGAGCCUGCCUGGAGAAGGGACUCAAAGUGGUGGCCAUCAAUGACCCCUUCAUUGACCUCAACUACAUGGUGUACAUGUUCAAGUAUGACUCCACUCACGGGCGCUACAGCGGCGAGGUGAAGGCUGAAGAUGGCAAGCUGGUGGUGGACGGCAGUGAGAUCUCGGUGUUCCAGUGCAUGAAGCCCAGUGAGAUUCCCUGGGGUGACGCAGGAGCUCUCUACGUUGUCGAGUCCACCGGAGUCUUCCUCAGCAUUGACAAAGCUUCGUCCCAUAUACAAGGUGGAGCCAAGCGAGUGGUGGUGAGCGCCCCCUCUCCCGAUGCUCCCAUGUUCGUCAUGGGUGUCAAUGAGGACAAGUAUGACCCAUCCAGCAUGACAAUCGUCAGCAAUGCCUCCUGCACCACCAACUGCCUGGCACCUCUAGCCAAGGUGAUCCAUGACAACUUCGGCAUUGUGGAAGGACUCAUGACCACGGUGCAUGCCUACACUGCCACACAGAAAACUGUGGAUGGACCCUCUGCCAAGGCCUGGCGCGACGGAAGGGGCGCCCACCAGAACAUCAUCCCAGCAUCCACUGGUGCUGCCAAAGCAGUUGGCAAGGUCAUCCCAGAGCUGAACGGGAAGCUCACCGGCAUGGCGUUCCGUGUGCCUGUCUCUGACGUCUCCGUCGUGGACCUAACCUGCCGCCUUGCCAAGCCGGCGACCUAUGCUGAAAUCAAAGAGGCCAUGAAGAAGGCUUCCGAGGGCCCCAUGGCUGGGAUCCUGGGGUACACAGAAGAUGAGGUGGUCUCUUCUGAUUUCAUCGGCGACAGCCAUUCCUCCAUCUUCGACGCUGGAGCUGGGAUCUCCCUCAAUGAUAACUUUGUGAAGCUCAUCUCCUGGUAUGACAACGAAUAUGGCUACAGUAACCGCGUUGCAGACCUCCUGAGUCACAUGUACACCAAGGAGAACUGAGCGCCUGUCCCACAUACAUUCCAGGCCAUCUGAAGAAUCCGCCUCACCCCCCUCUAGACAUAUUUGGCCACGAGAUCCAUCCUAUCUUAAUGCUUCAACCACACGGCCCCAAACGCUGCGCCUCGUCUGUCCCCGUAAACCUUCGUGCGUGUCCG